AUGGGAGCGCUGGCGGAAGACAUCGUGGCGACGGUGCUGGAGAACAUCGAGGAGAAGGGCUACAAGGACGAGGAACACAAGGCGGCGCUCAUCAAGGACGAGGCCAACCAGUUCUUCAAAGGUUUCCAAAAAAGGAGACCGAAAAGUUCUCAAAGUUGAGAACAAUUAGUCAAAUCAUUAGAAUCAUCCUGGGCUUCACCGAUUUUUUUUUCUUCACAGCUUAAGUAAUUAAAUAAUGAACUGGAAUCAGGCAAGCGCAGAAUAAAAAGUUUCAAAAUUACAUAUAAAAAUGCGACGUCCACAUUUUUUCGAAGAUUUUGGAUAGUUUUGUCAUAUUUUGUUGCGGAUUUCCUAAAAUUUGUUUUGUAUUUGACUUUUUUUUGACAUUUCAACCUGAAACUAUUUAACGCUCUGGAGAAAUUACUCUGAGCGUUUGCACCUUUUUGGGUAAUUUUGAGUAAGAGUAAUAAAUCCAUCCUUUUUUUAUUUAAAGGCCAGAAAGUCGAUUAGAACUUAUAUAACUUUCUGGUUUGUCUGAAAGAGAAGUUGGAAAAAUUCACAGAACCAAAGACUUUUUCAGUGUCAAGACAAACUUGAUACAUCUUUGAGGUGUUUAUUGAUUGAUCACAACUCAGAUCAAGCCUACGACGUUGCGAUAGAUCUGUACUCGAUGGCCAUCGAGUAUCAUCCGACUGCCGUUUUGCACGCCAACAGGUUAGGUUCUCGACAUCAUACCCGGAUAAUUUGCUUCUCAGGAGUAUGGCCUACGUUAAAAAGGAACUUUAUGGGUCAGCACUGGAGGACGCGGACAGCGCGAUCGCCUUGGACCCCUCAUAUCUCAAGGUUUCCGGAAUCAUAAUUACCAGAUUUCUUCAAGAGAAAAAAAAAAUGAUUCCUUUUCUAUAGGGAUUCUACCGACGUGCGACGGCGAAUAUGGCUCUGGCGAGGUUCAAAAAAGCCCUCAACGACUACGCCGCCGUUGUCAAAGUUCUUUUUUUUUCCAAUUUAGGAUGUAAAACUUGUAUUAUUCUUUCGAGAUCAUCUAUUUAUGAUAAGCAAAGAAAAAAUAGAACAUUCUACGAAAAAUUCAUAUAUAAUCAGGUGAAAUUUAGAUUGAAAUUUUGUUUUGGUGCUCAUUAAAUUUUGAAAUCGCUACAGUUUACAUCUUAUUCAGUUAUAUGUUUUUUUCAAGGUAUGUCCCAACGAUCCGGACGCGAGGAGAAAGUUCGAAGAAUGUCAAAAGAUUGUGCGACGGAUAAACUUCGAGAAGGCGAUUUCGACGGACCACGACAAGAAGUCGGCGGCGGACAGCCUCGACCUCAACUCGAUCGGUUCUUUUUCUGACUCGGGCCUCUCAGAACUCGUGCCAUUUUCAGUCGUCGAAGAAUCUUACGAUGGACCUCAUCUGGACGAGAAAGUGACCGCCGAUUUCAUGCGCGACAUGAUCGCAGCUUUCAAGAAACAGAAGAAACUUCAUCGCAAAUAUGCUUUCAAGGUCGGUUGAGCCAAGAGAAAUUUAUUGCUGAGAUGGCUUUUGAAUUAUUUCAGUUUUUGCUAUUUUUGCUGAACUUUUUCUUGUUUUCUUCUUGUUAAAAAUAUAGCAGAGCUUAAAGUUAGCUUUUUUUGCAGAUACUCAUAGAGAUUUUCGCAUUCCUCCGAGCACAGCCGACGAUGGUGGAGAUCAGCGUGCCGGAGAAGCAGAAAUUCACAAUUUGCGGCGACGUUCACGGCCAGUUCUUCGAUCUCUGCAACAUUUUCGACAUCAACGGCCUUCCCAGCGAAAAGAACCCCUAUGUAACAAAAAGAAACAACAUAAAUAGGGAAAACUGUGCAUUUCCCAGCUUUUCAACGGGGAUUUCGUUGAUCGUGGCUCGUUCAGCGUUGAGACGAUAUUCACCAUGUUUGGCUUCAAACUUUUGUACCCCAACCACUUCUUUUUGUCUCGAGGGAACCACGAAAGUGACGUCAUGAACAAGGUUCGAGAUUUGGAAGUCUUUUCUGUGAUUUCGAAACGUUUGAGAUGUACGGAUUCGAGGGCGAGGUGAAAAAGAAGUACAGUCAGCAGAUGAGCGACUUCUUCACUGAGAUCUUCUGCCACUUGCCACUCUGCCAUCUCAUCAAUUCGAAGAUUUUUGUUAGUUGUCCGAAUCUUGAGGUCCAGGAAAACUGAGCCAACGGACUUCAUGAAACAGGAACCUUCUAUUCGAAUGUUUUAAAAAAUCUGGAAAAAAUCUGAGCUCAGAGAAUUUAUUAGGGAGUUUUGAUCACACAUCGUAGCUGUUUUUUUUAAAAUAAUUAUUCUGGAUAUUUUAAUUUCUAUUGAGAAGGGUUGAAGUCUCUGAAAAGAGUACCUGGAAUCAUACUGAAACUUGAAGGUGUGCCACGGAGGCCUGUUCAAGGAGGAUGGCGUCACCCUCGACGACAUCAAGAAAACGGACCGCGUGCGGCAGCCGCCGGACGAAGGAAUCAUGUGCGACCUUCUUUGGUGAGUCUCCUGUGGGAAAACCUCUCGUAGAAGAAACUACUUUUUGAAGAUUUAAAAAAAAAGAUAAGAAUUCGACUAGGCUCUAUUUAGUUCAAUUUUUUGAUAAAUUAUAAUAGGAAGUUUUUUUCAUUAGUUUUUUUCUUAGAAACUAUUUGAAAUUUGAAUUUUUGAAAAAAAAAAAAACUUUUUCCAAUUCUUGUUUCCCUGCUAGGAGCCAUAAUUUACUCAACUAAAAACGCUUCUAGUAAAAGAAUUUUCGGUGUCUCUUAUUCACUUGCUGCAUUUUUAAAGUUCUUUUUUUUGUCACAUGGGCGUUUUAUUGAUAGUUACGAAGCGAAGAAAGUUGCCUUAUUUCAUCAAAGUCUAUUAAAUUUCAAAGGCCCCGAAAAGGGGCUAAGAAAAGAGAAAAACGAACUGCUUUUUUCUUACCGAUUGUUGGAUAAGCUCAGUCAUUGCUCUGUAAUUGGACUGCCUUCCAGGUCGGACCCGCAGCCUCUGAAUGGCCGUUGUCCGUCGAAACGAGGCGUCGGAUGCCAGUUCGGACCUGACGUCACCGUGAGGUGGUGCAAGGAGAACAAAGUCGACUAUGUUGUUAGGUUAGGGAUCGGAUCGGAUUUCUUCUCACUGAGAACCCUUUCAGGAGCCACGAAGUCAAACCCGAGGGCUACGAGGAGCACCACAACGGCCAAUGCUACACUGUAAGCACCCUAUCUUUUUCCUAUAUAUUUUCUUCUUCCAGGUUUUCUCCGCUCCCAAUUAUUGCGACCAGAUGGGUAAUAAAGGCGCAUUCAUUACAAUUACGGGGGACAAUCUCAAGGUGAAUUCUGGCUUCUUUUCCUCAGUUCAUCCUCUUCUUCAGCCAAAAUUCACAACGUUCGACUGCGUCGCUCAUCCGAACCUGCCUCCGAUGGCCUACGCCAACAACCUUUUCGGGUUCUAA